CUCAGUGCUCCAGGGCAGCCGCGCUGGAGCUGAUGAGCGCCAGGGAGUUGCGGCUGUUCAUUUUGAGAGUGUCUGAACCAGCGCAGUCACUGACAGCUGCGUGCGGGGUGCAGAAUCAGGUGGCGGCCUGUGCGGUGUGUGCAUAGGGUUCCUUGAUCUGGUCUGUAACAAGAACUGUGAUAUAUUUUUAGACAUGGAUUUUGCAUUAUCCAACAAAUGGAGCCAUUUACUCAAUAUGUUACUUAUUGCGUCAUUAUUGAUUAGCAAAGCACUCUCUGAAGUUGGGGAUUGCAUGGAGCAAGAAUUUUUGGACAGUACAGGCAAUUGCAGGCCAUGCAGACAGUGUGGUCCAGGCAAGGAGCUAUCCAAGGAAUGUGGUUUUGGAUAUGGAGAAGAUGCGCAAUGUUUACCAUGUCGGCCUAACCGAUUCAAAGAUGAUUGGGGCUUUCAAAAGUGCAAACCUUGCCUGGACUGCGCCACAACGAAUCGCUUCCAGAAAGCUAACUGUACUUCUACCAGCAAUGCAAUAUGUGGCGAUUGUUUACCUGGUUAUUACAGAAAAACCAAGCUUGGGGGCUUUCAGGACAUGGAGUGCGUACCAUGUGGCGAUCCUCCCCCUCCUUACGAACCACACUGCAACGCUAAAGUGAACCGUGUGAAGAUUGCGUCUGCUGCUUCUAGUCCGCGGGACACGGCAUUGGCUGCUGUGAUAUGUAGUGCAUUAGCCACUGUGCUACUUGCGCUGCUCAUCCUUUCUGUUAUCUACUGCAAAAGGCAAUUCAUGGAAAAGAAGCCAAUCUGGUCCACCAGACCACAAGAUUUGCAGUACGCUGGUUCAGAACUCUCCUGCUUUGGCAAACCACAAAUGACUGAACAGAGACACCGGACAUGCUGCCGUUGCCAACAAGACCCAACACAGGCAUGUGGACCUGUUCAUUUGAUUCCAUCCCUGUGUUGCGAAGAUACCUACAGCGCGGAGCACAGCUGCAUAUUCCAGUCUCACAGCACACUUUAUGAGGGGAAUGCAGAUUCUGUGGCAGAAAUGAAUCCAACAAAUCUUGGAUCUAGUUCACACUCGGCAUGUAAAGAGCUUGCAGAAAGUUGGCCUCUUAUAAAAACGCCUUCUGGCAGAGAUACCAGCUCUGUUUCUGAGCUGUAUCCGGAGUCUACAAGAAGAGAUAUAAACUCUUUGAAUUCAGGAACCCAUGAGCCAAGUAUUUUGUCCGUGCACAGUGACCACAGUAUGAGUGGAAAGCAGUCUUCAGAAAUGCCAUCUACUCAACAUCUUGAGUUAUUACAGUUGGCUGCUUGUCAACCAGCUAAUGAAAAGCAGUUAGAACAAGAGGAGAAAAGAGAAUUAACUCUAGCAUGAAUAGCCAUAAACAGAAAGUCGGAUGGAUCUACAUCACAAGACCCAAUAGCUUCAUCUGUCCCGAAUACAACGUUGUCUCUAAAACAGUCUUCAAAGAUGACCCCAGAUGUUCGAGAUCUUUCUCUCUAGAGAACCUACAUCUUAAAAAUGCAGAAGACUUACAAUCACACAGGUCUUUGGACUGAUCUCGGCAAAGAAAAACUGUGUUGCAGCAAUUUGCCAAAAUAAAUGUUUGGAUAAAGUGUAGCUUGGAAAUUGUUCGUCUUCAUUCAAAAUAAUUGUAUUGUCAAAGGUUUGUUUAAUUUGAUCUUAACAACAAUGAAAUGCUUUGUACAAUACACUUUUCUGGCUAGUUUUAAGAAAUUCUACCAUUUUUUUUUUUUUUUUAACCCUUGUAUAGUCAUGGAAAAAAAAAGUUUAUCAAAGACUUCUGCGAAGUUGAGUUGUGUAUAUUACAGUACAGAAACCGUACUAUUGCUCUUGUAUGUAUUGAUUUUGUAGGUGUGUACAUAUGUAUUAUAAAUGUAGUUUUUUGUAUACUGAAAAUGAUACUUGAUAUACUAGUGUUUUGAUGCACUUUUAAAUAAAAUGUUGAAAUGGCAUACAAUGGUACAGUUACUGAAAUAUGUAUAAGACAGAAGCUACACAUUGAUGUCAGAAGAAGUGGCUUGUAUGUAAAACUGUACUACAUUUAUGAUGUGUUAUUUUUGUAAUGCACCAGUUUUCUUUUUUUUUUACAAUAAAAUAUACAGGGUUUUUUUGGUAGCAGGGACAUUUAUGUCCAGUGAAAGGGACAUUAAAUACCACUUUGCCACAAAGCAAAUUCUGUACAUUAGGUUUUCUUCAAAAUGCUGUGAUUCAAUAGCUGCUUUAGACCAUAAGAAGAAAGUAAUAAACUUCUUUCUUCUCUUUUC